CAGGAUCGCACAAGGAUGGUAAGUAGCUGUCUUGUUCUCCCUCCAGGUGUGGCAGAUGAGACGGAACUGCGGGUGAUCCAGCCCGAGAAGUCGGUGUCUGUGGCAGCCGGAGAGACAACCACUCUGCGCUGCACCCUGACCUCCCUGCUCCCCGUUGGGAAGGUCGAGUGGUUCAGGGGCACAGGGCCAGGCCGGGAGUUAAUCUUCAGUUCUGUCGGAUACCUCCACUCCCCCCGAGUAACAACUGUUACAGACAUCACAAAGCGAAGCAACCUGGACUUUUCCAUCCGCAUCAGUAACAUCACCCCAGCAGACACGGGAACCUACUACUGUGUGAAGUUCAGGAAACGGGUUCUGGAUGUGGAGUUUAAGUCUGGACGAGGCACCCAGGUCAUCGUGAGCGCCAAACCCUCUCCCCCCGUGGUGUCGGGCCCCACGGCCAGGGCCACACCUGAGCAGACUGUGAGCUUCACCUGCAAGUCCCACGGCUUCUCCCCCAGAAACGUCACCCUGAAAUGGUUCAAAAACGGGAAUGAGCUGGCAGCCUCCCAGACCACCGUGGACCCAGAGGGAGACAGCGCUUCCUACAGCAUCUCCAGCACAACCACGCUGCCGCUGGCCCCGGGGGACGUUCGCUCCCAGGUCAUCUGCGAGGUGGCCCACGUGACCCUGCAGGGGGGCCCUCCUCUUCGUGGGACUGCCAACUUGUCCGAGACCCUCCGAGUUCCCCCCACCUUGGAGGUUGCCCAGCAACCCGUGACAGGGGACCAGGUGAAGGUCAUUUGCCAAGUGAAGAAGUUCUACCCCCAGCGCCUCCAGCUGACCUGGUUGGAGAACGGAAAUGUGUCCCGAACAGAAACGGCCUCGACGGCCUCGAACCUCAUAGAGAACAAGGAUGGGACCUUUAACUGGACGAGCUGGCUCCUGGUGAAUUUAUCCGCCCACAGGGAAGAUGUGGUUUUCACCUGCCAGGUGCAGCAUGACGGGCAGCCCGCGGUCACCAAAAACCAUACCCUUGUGGUCUCUGCCCACCAGAAGGACCAGGAAGCCCAUGGUGAGUCCGAGAUGCCAACUGACCUGGCACUUUAAAUUCUAUCUUUUCUUUUUUUAUGUGAAAAGCAGUCAUUCAUGCCUAUUAUAGAAUAAUCUAGAGGUCUACAGACAUAAAGUAGAAUUUUGAUAUGAGCUUCCCUCCCCAAAGCUCAUGCUCCAAGAGUGACCACUGUUAAGAUUUUGG